AUGCAAGGCAUUGUGGGCAAUAUUAGAAGGCUCACACCAAAGAUUGGUUUCCCUUGGAGUGAGAUCCGAAAUAUUUCUUUCAACGAUAAGAAGUUUGUCAUCAAGCCCAUUGAUAAAAAAGCACCCGACUUUAUGUUCUAUGCACCACGACUGCGAAUCAACAGGCGCAUCCUGGCUCUGUGUAUGGGCAACCAUGAGCUGUACAUGAGGAGGAGGAAGCCUGACACCAUUGAGGUGCAGCAGAUGAAGGCUCAGGCCAGAGAAGAAAAACACCAGAAACAGAUAGAGAGAGCUCAGCUUGAGAAUGAGAAGAAGAAACGAAAGCAUGCAGAAAAGGAGAAGGAGAGAAUAGAGCGAGAAAAGGAUGAGUUAAUCGAGAGACUGAGACAGAUUGAAGAACAGACGAUAAAAGCACAGAAAGAGCUGGAGGAGCAAACACGCAGAGCUCUAGAGCUUGAACAGGAGCGGAGAAAAGCAAAGGAGGAGGCAGAGAGGCUGGAGAAAGAGAAACUGGAAGCCGAGGAGGCCAGAGCAGCACUGGUCAAACAAGCAGCUGACCAGAUGAAGAACCAGGAACAAUUGACAAUGAAAAAGAGUAAAGAAGAAACAUACAAGCCACCCAUCAUCGCUGAGCUUUUGAACUGCCAGGACACUCAGUCCCGAGUGGGAAAAGCAAAAAGCAAGAAACCAGAUGGAUAG